GCGCAUUACGACCGGAAUUAGCUUCGUCCUCAAUUCCAAAACAGUCAUGGAAACUGUGUAAAGAGCGUUCGAGUAAUCUACCAAAUAUUAGAUCGUAUUUCCUUGUACUCUCUUCAUCAACAUGGGAGGCGGUGAUCUUAACUUGAAGAAAAGCUGGCAUCCACAGACGCUGAAGAACAUCGAGCGUGUGUGGAAAGCCGAGCAGAAACACGAAGCUGAACGGAAGAAGAUAGAAGAGCUGCAGAAGGAGCUGAAAGACGAGCGAGCUCGAGAGGAAAUCACGAAAUACGCGCAGGAAACGGGCGCUGUAAAGAAGAAGGAUGAGCGCCUGGACUGGAUGUAUCAGGGUCCAGGGGGACAGCUCUCCCGUGACGAGUACCUCCUGGGUCGUGCCAUCGAUAAGCAGAUCACUCAGCAGUACGAGGAACCCGAGAGCGGACCGUCUGCCGAAACCGGCCUCCUGCCCGGCUCUAUCUUCAACUCCACCACCUCGAUCUCCAGCUUGGACAUGGCCUCUAAGAUAAGAGAAGAUCCACUGUUCGAGAUCCGUAAACGUGAGGAGGAAAAAAAGAGGAGCGUUCUCACCAAUCCCGUUAAAAUGAAAGAGAUCCGCAAAAUGUUGCGCGAAAAUUUAGAAAAGGAGAAAAAGAAGAAAAGGAAGAAGGAGAAGAAGGAAAAGCAGGAAAAGCGAGAUGAAAAGGAAAGGAGGAAAGACAGGAAGCACAAACGGAGGAGUUCCAGCGAUGAUGGAGAGGGAGACAGAAAGCACAGGUCAAAGGAAGAAAAUGGAGUCACGAGCUCUCAUCCGCAUCAGAAAUCUGCCUACGGACUGCAGUUCCUGGCAGGUAGGUCGUAUCAGUCGUCCGAGUCGACCCACAGGAGGGACCGGAGUCGCUCUCCGCUGGGUUCCAGAGAAGAAACGAGGAAUCGUUCACCUCAUGAUCCAGACAGGAAACACAAAUCUAAAGCUCCGAGCCCGUCGAGACCUAGAGACCGCCAUCACAGACCACAGAGCACCAACUACAGCAAGCGUCUCUCGGCCGAAGAGCUGGAGAAGAAGAGGAAAGAGAUGAUGGCCUUCGCCCACGAGAGAGAGGAGGAGAGAGAGCGCAACGUGCAGAGGUACAAACGACAAGACGAGAUGGAGACCGAACAAGCCAAGAAGGCCAAACACAGGAGCCAGGCCACGUUCUUACAUAACAUGAAGCUGGAGAGUGCUGCCACCUCGUCGGUGGAGGAUCGGGUGAAGAGGAACAUCCACUCCAUUCAGAGGACCCCUGCGUCUCUGGAGAAGAACUUCAUGAGAAGAUGAAGAGUGGAAGAAGAAAGCAUGCCGUCAUUACACAAACUUGUACAGAUAAUUUUAUUUCUUUAAAGCUCCUUAAACCAUGUGUAUAUAAUGUGCCUAGUGGUCCAAUUGUACAGGGAAAAAAAAAAUAGGUUUGUCUUUGUCAUGAUUUGUAUUUUUGACCAGUUUUAUUUAGAAUUUUAAUUGACUCAUUUCUGUGAAUUUUUUGUAUUUUAAAAGUGAUUUAAAAAAAACCCCACCAUGCACUCGA